CUCUUAUUUAAACAACUACUACUACUUCAAAUAUUUGCUUUCUCCAUCAUAUUAAUAGUAUUAUUAUUAUUAUUAUUAUUUUGGUGUUGAAAAUGGUUGAGUAAAGAAGAAGAGUAGUAUCUUUGUCUUAAUAUUUUUUUGAUAGAUUCAAUCAUCUUUUUCGUUGAGGAACCAAUAAGGAACUAGUAGUGUUUAAUUAAUUUGUGGUGUUGAGAAAUAUGGGGAAAAAAGAGCAGACCAACAACAACCAACAGAAAGACAAAGAAAGAGUUCAAGCUGUUCUUCAACUUCUUAAAAAACAUGCUCCUCUUUCUGUUAAACAGGAGAAGUUGUGUAACAGUGCUUGUAUAGAGAGAUUUCUGAAAGUGAAAGGUGAAAAUGUCAAGAAAGCUGCUAAGCAUUUGAGGAAUUGUCUUACAUGGAGAGACUCUUUAGGCAUUGAUCAUAUUAUGGCUGAUGAAUUUUCUGCUGAGUUAGCAGAAGGGGUAGCUUAUGUUUCUGGUCAUGAUGAUGAAUCUAGGCCUGUUUUGAUUUUUCGCAUCAAGCAAGACUAUCAGAAAUUUCACUCACAAAAAUUGUUUACUCGAUUGCUAGUGUUUACAUUGGAGGUGGCAAUUCAAACAAUGGCCAAAAAUGUUGAACAAUUUGUUAUUCUAUUUGACGCCAGCUUUUUCAGGUCUGCAUCAGCUUUUAUGAACAUCUUGUUGGCUUCACUGAAAAUUAUUGCUGAUUAUUAUCCUGGUAGACUUCACAAAGCUUUUGUUAUUGAUCCUCCUUCACUUUUUUCCUAUCUUUGGAAGGGUGUUAAGACAUUUGUUGAUCUAGCACCAUCAACAAUGGUGGUAUCAUCACUUGACUUUGAAGAGUCAUUAGAGUUCAAUGACUUCACAACAUAUCCAAGAGCAGCAUCACUUAGAUUCAAUCCUUCUUCAAUACCAUCAAGUGGCAAAAUUGGCUCAUGCUCUUCAUCGAGAUUCUCAUUUACCGUCUCACAUCAUUUUGAUUCUGUUAAGCCAUGGUACCUGUCAUUAACUGACACAUCAUCAGCUAAAGUGGGACCCACCACCAACACUAAAGUACUGGGCCCAGCUGCCAUCUCACCACUCAAUGCUAGGUCCUACUCAUUUGCAUCACCCAUUGAUAGGGCUCCACGUGGCAACUACAACAACGACGUGGGCCCUAUCAAGAAGGGUUUUUUUCCAUCAACACCUUUGCCACAAAAGACUCAAGAAAUGGCUGAUCAUUCGGAGAUUCGUCAUCCUAGGGCUAUGAGACCAUCGUUUUUUCAAUCUCCGGCCAUGUUCUUCAAGAAAGAUGGUCAUGUUGUUAGUCGGGCCGAUAAGUGUCGCGAAUCGUUCCAACCAUUCUUGAAAUUCUAUCGAAGGCCGUAUGAUGAGAUGACUUAUCGGUCAAAGAUGAGACCCCCACUAGGGGGACUUAUCUCAAUCGUCUCACCACACCUCAGGCGUCGUCACAUGUCAGUCUCUCAACGGUUUUGAUUGAUAAAAGAAGAAAGAAGCGAAGAACUAAAGGGGCGUAAGCACAACAAAUGUCGUACAAUUGAGUGAUACGAUGGAAGCGAGACUUUACUUUUUUCUUUUUAUAUUAUAUAUCAGGAUUGGUCUGAUUAAUCUAAGUACAUAAAUAUAUGUCCUUACUAUGAUCGUUGAGCAAGGGAGUUUGCUUGCUCCUAAACAAAUAAUAGAUUAAUUGUUUAAUUAUCAAUUCUCUCAAUGUUUCGCAA